CACAGCUACUCCUCCACCUCAGCUGGACUUUGCCAACAGACAGGUCAAGCUCCUCCACCCGUCUUUAGGGCAGCUGGGAGGCGGGACUCUGCUGGGAAGCGCCAGGCCACUCCUGCCCGAUUCCCUACCCACCUCCACUUGUCUGCUAGCCUGGUGACUGGGUCUCGCUGACCUCUCUUUCCAAGAGAAGGAACUACUGUUCCUGGACAAGCCACCAGCCUGUGGGAGCCCCUAGACAGUAAGGCCCCUGGCCUUCGCUGGCACAGGGGUGUAGGGAAGGCAGUGACAUCGUGGGACCAGGCGGAUGCGCCCCGAUGAGAGUUCCGUCCAGCCCUCCCAGUUCCUACUUCUGGUGGGGGUCCCAGUGGCAAGUGCCCUCCUUCUGGCCCAGUGUCUCCGAUGGCACUGUCCUCGCUGGCGGCUGGGGGCCUGCCGGAAGCCGGAUGGCCAAGAGGAGCCAGCGCCUGUGCCUAUCCCUCUAUCAGAAAAUGAGCCCCCGAGGCAGUGCCCACCGGCCACCGUGUCAGAGAUUGCUGCCUUCUACCAGGAACUGCACACACCCACCCAAGGCCAGACUGUCGUCCGGCAGCUGAUGCACAAACUGUUGGUGUUUUCGGCUCGAGAGGUGGAUUACCGGGGUGGCUGCCUGUUGCUCCAAGAUAUGGGCAUCUCCCUGCUCAUCCCACCAGGUGCUGUACCCGUGGGCCGCCAAGAGAGGGUGUCACUGGUCUUGGUGUGGGACCUGUCGGAUGCCCCGUCGCUGUCUCGAACCCAGGCUCUGGUGAGCCCUGUGGUGGCAUGCGGCCCCCACGGGACCUCGUUCCUGAAGCCCUGCACCCUCUCGUUCAAACACUGCGCCCAGCAGCCCAGCCAUGCCUGCACCUACAGCAGCAACACUACCUUGCUCGACACCAAGGCCUGGAGACCCCUGGGGCGGCCAGGGGCCCACACCUCCCGUGAUGAAUGUCGCAUCCUCCUCUCCCACUUCAGCCUCUACACCUGUGUGCUGGAGGUGCCUGUGGGACGGGCAGCCCGCAAGUGGCUGCAGCUGGCCGUGUUCUGCUCGCCCCUGGCACCGGGGCAGUCCCACCUGCAGCUGCGGGUCUACUUCCUCAACAACACACCCUGCGCCCUGCAGUGGGCCAUGACCAACGAGCAGCCACAUGGCGGACGCCUGCACGGGCCCUGCCAGCUCUUCGAUUUCACCGGGGCCCGAGGGGACCAGUGCCUGAAACUCAAGUACAUCUCCGAGGGUUGGGAGAAUGUGGAUGAUAGCAGCUGCCAGCUGGUUCCUCAUCUCCACAUCUGGCAUGGAAAGUGCCCCUUCCGCUCCUUCUGCUUCCGGAGAAAAGCAGCCAGCGAGAGUGAGGACUGCUCGGCAUUGACCAAUGAGAUCAUUGUUACCAUGCACACCUUCCAGGAUGGCUUGGAGACAAAGUACAUGGAAAUCCUCAGGUUCCAGGCAUCAGAAGAGGAAUCCUGGGCAGUGCCUCCCCCAGUCUCCCAACCGACCCCGUGCAAUAGACUGCCUCCGGAGCUCUUUGAACAGCUGCAGAUGUUGUUGGAACCAAAUAGCGUCACAGGCAAUGACUGGCGCAGACUGGCUUCCCACCUGGGGCUCUGCGGCAUGAAAAUCCGGUUUCUGUCCUGCCAGCGCAGCCCGGCAGCCGCCAUCCUGGAGCUGUUUGAGGAGCAGAACGGCAGCCUGCAGGAGCUGCAUUACCUCAUGACCGUCAUGGAGCGGCUGGACUGCGCCUCUGCCAUCCAGAACUACCUGAGCGAGACGGACCAUGGCAGCCCAUUCCUCGCCCUCAGGGGCGCCCAGGAUAACCAGGGCCUGGAGCUGGAUGAGAAGCUCUGAACACCCAGCUCGGGUGGGGCAGAGUGCAAGUCUGUCUGUAGCACCAUAGCAGGGGAAGGCGCUGGGCCCUAGGGGGGGCCCACAUCUAAGAAGGACACAGCAGCGGAUACCUCAGCAGAACCCUGGACCAGUCAUUGCCCAGGGCCCACUGUGAGGCCCAAGUGCUAUCGGCACCCUCCCUGAGGGGGCCCUUCCUUCUGGUUGGCAAACUUUCUCCAAAUGGCAGAUCCCUUCCUGGCCGGCAGGGGGUGCAGGAACCCAGGAGAUGGCCAGCCUCCUGGAAGCUAUUUAAUGGACCACCUGGAUCGUCAGCAGGGUGGGUUGCCCUGUUGGCGCUCUUUGGGGACUUGUCAGUCCACAAGUAUUCAUUGCGUACUUGGUACAUACCCAGCACCGGGCUGAGCAUCCCAAGGGAAAACUGGAAUAUAUGUGAUAGGGGUUGGAGCCUUGACACGUGCACACUUCUCCUGGGGAGUCAUGAUGUGGGCAAGCAAUGAGCUGUCUGGGCCUCAGGAUUUGAGAUGGGAGAGAGCUGAGUGUGGGCUGGGGCAGUGAGAAUGCUUCCUGGUGGGUGUUGGAGGGAGAGGAUUUGGACAUUCAAAGAGUAGUUCAGAGAUCUUCAGCAACAGGAAGGGGGCAAGAUGCUGGCGAGACUUUCUGAAGGAGCUGAGAGUGAGCAUGGAACGCUGGAGGCUUUAAAGAGACCAGCCCGAUGGGUGUGAGGUGAGGGCAGGGCGGGGUUCAAGGGCAGACUUGGAGAUGGUCAGUCAUACCUGACUGGCCACUUCUGUCUCCUUGGUCUUUCUGUGCUCCCUUAACCUCCUGCUCAUGUCUUGUCUUCCUUUCUUUUCUUCCAUGAUCUCUAUUAUAACAUGUUAACGCUGAAAAGAAAUGUCAUGAUUAUCUUUCUUUUAUCUCUGUCUCAAACUGAGAGGGCUUUAAAUGUCUCUGACUGUGUCUCUCUGUGGCCACCUCCCCGUGGUCUCCCUGUCCUGCUUGGCAUCCGUGUGACUCUCUGUUACAUGUCUUUGCAUCUUUUUUUCUCUACCUAGUUAUUGUUCUGUGCUGGGUCUUUGUGUUUCCGGCUCUGUCUCUGAAUUCCUCAGUCCUUCCCCUCAGGCCAAUGUCUGGGAGCCAAAGUUUGUCCCAAAGGCCGUUGAAAGAGGCUGGGCUACCCUAGGAAUGGAUGGGUGGGGAUAUUUUCCCAUAGACCAAAAUCCAGUUCAAGACAAGGAAAUAAAGGAUAGGGAUUAAACAACACCCCAUUCAGUCAACAAAUAUUUAUUCAGCACCUACUCUGCGUGGAAAAGAGAUGAAUAGGCUAGAUCCUGAAGGGGGAACAAAGGGGAUUUGACUCAAUUCUGGCAAUGCUGUUGUGUGCAAACAGGUGUUUUAAUUUGUUCAAGGGCAGGAAAGCAAUUUAUCUGACAAGAAAAACAAUUUGCUUCUGUAUUUAAUUAAAAAUAUUAAAGCUUUUUCUAU